AUGACUUCCAAAUCAAAAAUGCAGACGAUUAUUCUACUACUCCUUGCAAUCCUCCAGCACACAUCUGCCUGCAAGUAUCUCCGGACAAUUCAAAUUUUGGAGACCAAUGCACUGCAGAGAUCCAACCCUUCCACAUACAUUCCAUCCCUACCUGGAAUUGCUCAAGAAGUCUCGGUUAAUUUGACUAAACUCUUCCAAGCUGAACUCUCUAUAUCAACCGAAGAGGCUCAACAGGCGGUAAUCUUUUUCACUGACGCAACAGAAAGUCGGCCCUUUGUAAUUAAACAGCUCAAGGAUGGUUCUCGGAUCCUCACCAAUGAGAUGGCCAUAGAUAGAGAAGAGAUUUGUGACCCUUUCAAGUACCCGCAUCAUGCCGCUGUCUCCCAAAAAUGCUGUGGAAAGGAAAGAGGCGAUGGAGAAUACAAGAAGAAUUCCUUCAACCCACAACUUGAUUUUAACUGCUGUGUCUUUCUUGGUAUAACUGUUGAAGGUUACGGCGCUUUCGCUCUUCGAAUCGAUGUGGUAGACGUAAAUGAUAACAUUCCCAGUUUCAGUAUACCACCAGAAGCAACCCUAGGACACGUUGGAAAAGACAAAUCGGCGGUAAUCAAAAUUGACGAAAACACCUCACAAGGAACUAUUAUUCCUCUGCCCCAAGCGUUUGAUUUGGAUGAAGGGAAGAAUAGUGACCUCCUAUUCCGUGUGGAGAAAGUCAGUCCCCUGGCAGCUUGGGAACAACACUUCAAACUGCUGUCUGGUCCUGAAGACAGUUGUGUCACCUAUUCUCUCACAGAAUCACGAAAUCGGGAUAACAGUUUCCCUGCUCUCUGUCUACUUGGCACAAUUGAUCGAGAGACGGUUCCUGGGUUCACUUUCGAUCUUGUCGCAAGAGAUCAAGGGGAUCCUGUAGCCCUUUCAACUACUCUCUCAAUGUCUAUCUCCGUCAUAGAUGAAAACGACAAUGCACCGACCUUUAAGCAAAAGGAUUUCAAAGUUUUUGUGAAGGAGAACGAGGUCGGCAAAACUCUGGUUCACCUUCAUGUUACAGACCUGGAUGCUGGCGAGAAUUCUCAAUUAAGUUACCACCUGAGACCGGGGAACCAUUUAAUAGCCAAUCAGAAGCCUUCGGCAGACUUCCUUCAAAUGCAUAUUCUUGCUUCGCCAGCAGUGGACGGAGUUGUUCUACGGUUGAUUCAACCCCUGGACUACGAAGCUGUCAGCUCGUUUGACUUUGAGGUAGUGGCUCAAGAUUAUGGAACUCCACGGCUUGCUUCCACAGCAACAGUGUCUGUUGAGGUCUUAAACACAAAUGAUAUGCCUCCAGUCAUCAGAUUUUUCAACAAGGGCAAUCUUCUCAACUCCGAAUAUGCCAGCAUUGAGCGCGAAGAGGAUACGGAUAACCACUUGCCUAAAGUCAUUUGUCAUGUUCACGUCUACGAUCAAGAUACUAGCUUGGAUGAAGUGUUUUGUGAUAUCAGAUCACCACAACGAUUAUUUGACCUGCGGGAGGUUAGUAAUGGCAACACUAUUCAAAGGAGAAAAUUGUAUGAAUUGAUAAGUUUGGUUCAGUUGGAUAGAGAAAAGACACCAAGUCACUCCGUUAGUGUUCGUUGUGUGGAUGGUCGCACUGCUACCCGAUUGAUCGGACAAAGUCAAAUUAGAAUUUUCCUCAAAGAUGCUAAUGAUAACCCACCACUGUUCGAGAAGAGUCAAUUCUUUGGGACAGUGAUUGAGAAUGAGGCGAAUGCAUUGGUGGACUUCAAGGAUUCCUUCUCGAAUUACGGCAAACAGCCAUCACAAUUCACAAGCCCUUCACACAUACGAGCAAUAGAUGCCGAUGCAGGUCCCAAUGCUGCCAUUGCCUACUCCCUUGCUCCGUGGACACGGGAGGAGGAUUCCAACUCCACAGUUUCUGAAAAGGCCGACUACCAAUUUUUCCAUAUUGACAGAUUCACUGGACAAUUGAAGACACGGGUUCCGCUAGAUUUUGAGACUAAAUCUUCAUAUUAUCUCAUGGUUAUCGCUACAGAUCAACCUCUGAAUGCAUCUCAAGCUCUUUCAUCUUCGGCAAAGAUUAUUAUAACGGUGAAGGAUUUGGACGAUAACCCCCCAAUGAUGCUACAGCAGACUUACACCUUUGAGGUAACAGAGGGCAUGCCAAGCCACACAGUAGUUGGCAAGGUGGAAGCUACAGAUGCUGACAGCCUUCCAGAGAACAGAAUAAUCAAUUAUCAACUUCGGGCUCCUCCGUCUGAAGAUGGACCGUCUUCUACCGACACAACAUCCACCAUUCCAGUAAACGUGGCUUUUCAAUUCUUCACCAUUGACAAGCAUCAUGGUAUCAUCAGAACAAUUCGUCCAUUAGAUCGCGAGCAGACACCGAAGAUAACUCUUGAGGUGGUUGCUGUCUCAGGUAGCCCUGCGCGACUUCGGGCAACAGGGUCAACUUCACCUUCUUCCACAGCAACAGUUGUAAUAACUGUGUUAGACAAGAAUGACAAUGCCCCCUUCAUGAUUUCUCUAGCAGCGCCGGAGAAGAAACGUGUACUUAUAGCUGAGGUGGUCAUACCUUCCGAUAAACUUCAGGGUGAUCCACCAAUAUGUGUCCCAUUUCCGUACGCCUUCAAUGACGAUGAUGACAAAAUGAGCGGAAAUGGAAAUGUAACUGUGACUCUAGACGCUAAUCCCAAUUUUGAAUUAAAUGAAUCUCAGACUAGUCUGUGCUUAAAGACUGACAAGAAAGCAGGGCAAAAGAAACAGUCAAUAAUACCACCCGGACGCUACUCUCUUAACAUCCUCGCUCUAGAUAACCCCAAAGAAGUGAAUCAUCAACUCACAAAGCGAUUCCCCCUCCGUGUACUUAUUCAAAGCCCUGUUCAGGAAAUCAGUUCACCUCUUGGUACAGAGAGGCACCAGCAAGCAGUGUCUCCCUACAAGCCCCCACUAAACAGCGCUGAUUCAGUGAACAGACAACCAGGAAAAUCUCCAGCCGCUGAUCGAAUCCUGAGUCCAGUGCAGCGACCACUCCAGAAUAAUGACAAGAGUAAUAAUAUUGGAGGAAUUGGCAAUAGUUGGGAGUACAGAAAUGUGACCAUCAUCGCCGUUUUGGUCUGUAUGGCUUGUAUUCUCUGCAUAAUCCUACUGGCAAUUCUCAUCUUCAUGAAAAAGUGUAACCGAGUGAAGAGCUUCGUUGGAAAGAAUCACCAAUCCGACUCCCAAUCUGGCGGUCUCAGUGGCUUUACGCCGAUGAAUCUUCAUGACAUAUCGCCAAAGGCUGCGAAAUUCGCAACAGUUGGACACUAUCCAACCUAUGAAACCGAUCGCUGCCCAUGUGUUGACAUCCAGCCACAGAUGUUGGUGACAUUGCCUCCUGGUUCAGAGAAGGGCUUCGCCAUUUCUCCAAGUGGACAAGUUGUAGGAAGCGUAAUAUAUACUGAUGACGUCAAUCGAAUGAGUCCUCUACUGACACAGAAGAAUAACCUCAUGAUGUCUUCUGCCGCUUGCCAUGCGGGAAGUCUACAGAAGGUUUCCUUCGGACCUAUCUAUGGAACAUCAUGUAUGACAGACGCCAAAUCGCCUGUCUGCUCUAUUCCACUUGUGGCUCAGUACUCAACCCAAACCCCUGUUUCACAGUCCUCACAGUCUAAAAGCCAAAACGCAUACAGUGUUUUAAUUCCCUCGAAGUCGUAUGAUGAGUUGCUCCAUUGUUCUGGAUCUAAGAUGGGAACACUAGAGCGUCAACAACAGCAGCCAUUACUGGGUGGAUAUAAGAGCAAUAGGAGUCAACAAGAUGGAUAUCAAACACCGCUGACGCCUACUGCCACCACAACUUCCACUGGACACAAUCCAACGACGAUAAACUAUAACACAGCCGUCUCAUUUACUCCACUUCACUUAACUCCUACGUCAAGUCGUUCACCCUCACGUACUGCUGACCCCUGUGGUGGACAAGCCAGUUUUGUCUAA